GUCCCGACUCUCCCACACAGCCUCUGUUUAACACUCACUUCAUUGCAUUUUUCUGCUUCCCAUUUCGUGCUUUUUGUUUUCAAACAAAUCCAUUCGGAAAUGGAGAGAACUGAUGUCAACGGUCCGUCGAGCUCUGCAAGUACCGGCGGCAGCUUGAGAUCAGUUGGUUCCCCUCCGAGGCCCAACUACGGUAGCCGAGUGGUGCAGGAAGCUUUGGAGCACCUUGCCUCUAUUGAUCUUAGUGAUUUGUGCAAUGAAGCAAAAGUUGAGCACUGCAGAGCAACUAGAGACUUGCGACGAUGUGGGCGUUAUGUACAGCAUGCAUUGAACUCGUGUGGACAUGCCUCCUUAUGUGCAGAGUGUAGUCAGCGGUGUGAUCUUUGUCCAAUUUGUAGAAUCCCAAUACCAAUAACUGGCGAUAAACUCCGCCUUCGCCUUUACGAUGAGUGCAUCAAUGCUGGCCUAAUCUCCAGAAAACAUGAUGAGAGAUUUCAAGAUAAAGAAGAGAGGGAUAAUGAGCUGACUAAUGAUGUCCAACGCCUUUAUUCUUUUUUUGAUGCAGCCAUGGAGAACAACUUAGUAUCUUUGAUUUGUCAUUAUGUGACAGAUGUUUGUAUGGAUGAAACUGCUGUCUCCAGUGAUGCUGUUACUGCUUGGUUGCUGGAUGAGAAGGUUGUCAAGGAUUGGGUGAAGCAAACAUUUAAGAACAUCAUAGCAGAACUUCAAAGGAUAUAUGAUCUUGAGGUAGAAGGAACGAAAAAUAGGUUGAGUUCACUUUUAAAGUUUUCAGCACAAUUGGCUGGUAUAUCCAAUGUGCUCGAUGUUUUGGAGUCAUCUUUCAAAGAUAGUCUGUCUGCUCAGCUUCAUGACUUGCAUCGCCUUCAUGAGAGUAUCUUAAAGACAAAGCAGCAUCUGGAGAUUGCCACAUGGUGCAUUAGACACCAAUUUCUUGAGAAUCAGAGGUGUCGACAUACUGAUUUUGCAUGCUGGCGCUUGCAUGUUCGAGAAAGGAAAUCAGCUGCAAUUAGACGUGCAUGGCCUGAUGUAUUAAACUCCUCAGCAGACUCAGGACCGGAUGGCUCUCUCUUCAUUGAAGAUGCUCUAGCAAAUCUGGAGAUAGAGCAAGGAUAUGAAGAGGGAUCAGUUUAUGUUUUUUUGCAAAAGAAUGGAGCCUUGUCAUUUUCUAGGUCUAAGAUAGAGGGAAUGACAGGAUGCUAUCCUUUUGAAAAUCUUAAAGCUGCUGUUGACUUACUCUUUCUAUGUGGAAGUUCUGAUUUGGUGGUUGCAAAGCAAGCCAUUUUCCUAUAUUAUUUGUUUGAUUGGAAUUGGAGAACACCUGAUGAAAGGUGGAGAGACAUCGUGAAUGAUUUUUCUGUCACUUUUGGUAUAACCAGGCAUUCGUUACUUGAAUCAUUCACAUUCUUUCUUCUGGAUGACCUGUCAGAUGAGGCUCUGCAGGAAGCUUACCAAAUUCUUCCAGAGAUCUCUGGCCCAUCAACUCAUCCUAAGGUUGCACAUGUGCUGUUAGAAAGAGGAAAUCCUGAGGCAGCACUUAUGGUUUUACGUUGGUCUGGUCGUGAUGGUGUAUCACAGUUGGUUUUGCUUAGUGAGGCUGUCACUUGUGUUCGAGUGAAGGUGGAGUGUGGGCUAUUGACCGAAGCAUUUACUUAUCAAAGGAUGCUCUGCACCAAAAUCAGGGAAAAUAAGUUUGCGUUCAGACAAAGUGGGGAUCCAUCUGCUGAUCUGAAAGUGGAAAGCAGGAGCUGGUCAGAGUGGGUGGAAACAUUGGUUACUGAAAUUUGCUGUCUAUGUAUUCGGAGGAACUUGUUAGAUCGAAUGAUAGAAUUGCCAUGGAAUUUUGAUGAGGAGAAAUAUAUUCACAAGUGCCUUUUAGAUUAUGCUACUGUUGACCCUUCAACCACAGCUGGCAGUCUUCUUGUUGUGUUCUAUCUUCAGCGUUAUAGAUAUCAGGAGGCAUAUCAGGUGAAUCUCAAACUUUGGAACAUGGAAGAGGAGUUCAUUUCAAAAGAAGAAAUCAAUGAAGAAGUUUUAUCCAGAAUGCAAUCACAGCGUCAGAGGCGAAAAGAAUUGGUGGAAAGAGGUGUAGAGUUGUUGCCAGAAGUCCAGCAGCAACAAUUAAAGACUGGAAAAUUGGCAGAGUUUCUGGAUACUUCUGGUAGAGAAGCUGACAUACCAGUAAACUCUGAUCAUCCUGAGUCAUUUGUAUCCAAGGCAACCAGUUUGUUGGUCCCCUCAACCUCAGAUUCUAUUGUUCUGCAGUCUGACCAUAUUGCUACUCCUAUGAGGACAUCAGUUUUUGAGAAUUCGAAUGUAUUGGUUGAUUCUGUCAGUAAUUCUCAUAUUGGGACUGAUGAUUUCCGCUCUUCAUCGGUUCUUCAGGGAAGUUUGUUCUUAGAUGCAGAAAGAGCAACAAAACUUGAAUUUGGUGCUAGCAGAAGUUUCAAAUUUGGUAACAUCUCAACUCCUGGAAUUUGUGGAUCAAGUUCCCCAUUUUCUAUGCCAUUAAAAGGAACCACUAUGAGUUCUUCGAAAGGGCUUCAAAACAGACACCCCCAAGAAAAACAAUCUCUUCAAAUCACUUCAGAAGAAGAGCAAAACGGGUUUAUUAAUCAAGUUCGCAACACCAGCCCUCCAUAUUCCCGCAGGGUCACAGCUAAUCCUGUAAGUACACUCAGCAGCAAUAGUGGCUUCUUCAAAGAUUCUGCUUUGAACCUGCGGUCAAAUAUAUCUGGUAAGAGGGGCCAAUCAGAUAUUGGCCAUGGACAAUGGCAUAUGCUCUCUGCAGAUGAACCAAUGGAUGUCUCUGGGAGUGAUGGAGAGAAGUCUUUUACUCUUGGGUGCAGAACAGCAAAUGGUGAACUGAGGUGGAGGUCUGAUGAAGGUAGUGAUGAGGAAGAGGGGCAGAGUCCUGAGAGAACCAUAGAGGUUGAUAGGACUCCCAUGAGGAGGGGAAUUAGAAGAAGCAGAUUUGGUAAAGGAUGAAAAGAACAAGCAUCUUUCUCAGCUAUAUUUAUUUUCCCACAUGUAACUUAGAAAACAUUCCCGGUGCUUUGUGGUUACUCCACUGGAUGAGCUCAAAGUAUCAUAUUUUUGUUACCAACUAGUACAACUCGGGUUGAAGCCCUCUCUAUUUGCAUGAUUUCAUCUUGAGAUAAGAGAUUAUGGCAUUGCCUGUUGAGUCGCGAAUAAGCUAGAAAUUCUUUU